CUUUUUAUUGUUAUUCUUUUGCUUAUUUGAGAUUUAUAACCAGAAGAGCUUGCUUACAGCAUAAUUUGAUAACAAAAAUAUCUUACACGUUUUGUGAAACAUGCAGGUUUUUGUUACAGACUGAGUGUUAUUUUCUUUGAUUAUUUAAUAUAUUCCAUAACAAUGUUAUGUUUUUUUUUGGGUAAGGUAUUUAGCAGUAUAAUAGGAUGAUAUACAGGGAUACAUGAAAUAACGUCAGCCAAUGUUUUACUGUAUUUUGUUUAAAGGUCCAGACCAAUGUUGCUUAUAACGUACCAAGCCAAAAAUCAGACGGCUCAACACAGGAACGAAAGAAUAGCGGAACUACUUUUCAGUUGCAAUUGGCGUUAGCCGGACAGCAGGGUAGUAUGUUCUGUGACUUUGGUAUUACCAAAACGAGACUACGCAUUUUUCUUAGCGUAACAGCGGUUUGUAAUAUAAGUCCUACGCUGCGUGCUUUGAGUAGCCCGUUUCCAAGCGGUUGCUUGUGGACAGGCUUUGUAAGAAGCGUGUAGGAGGGGCUGGAUGACUGGUCUCGAGAUGGCUAGCAGAAGGAUCACUCAAGAGACGUUCGAUGCCGUGGUGCAAGAAAACAUGUCCGAGUUUGAAAUGGAGCCGGACGAGGCGCUGAAGGAGGCGAUUGAGCAGUUUGAGUCACAAGGGGUGAGCCUUAGUAAUAUAGUGAAGGCAGUCCGGACAGCCUCUUCAGAUGAAAGGAAGGAGGAGCAAACCCAUGAUAUUUUACAGGCCUUAGAGUCACUACAGACAUCGUUAGACUCCUCGUCCCUGGAUGUGAUGGGGGAACAGCUACCGCGCUUCACGGAGCAGUGCAAGCUAGACUUCUCGCACCGCUACCUGGCGGCCCAGAAAGGUGCCUACCCCACGAUCCUCUCGUGCUGCCGGAGGAUGGUGGGGGAGCGGGGGCUCCUGCUGAAGGCUCUGGCAGCGCUGGCAGCCCUGACCGACGGGCAGCCGGACCUCCUGGACGCCGACGGGAGGGGGCUGCUGAUCGAGACGCUCCGCGAGAACCGGACCGACCCCUCCGUGACCUCGCUGGCGAUUCGCGCGGCGCGCCACUGCUGUCUGAAGCACGAGCAGAACCGGCAGAGCCUGGUGAAGGCCGGGCUGCUGCCACUGCUGACCGGCGCCAUCGCCAGCCACAGUGCCGAGCCUGAGCUGGUCAGGUUGGCCUGCAGCACGCUCAGGGUUAUGACCUUCGACGAUGACAUUAGAGUCGCCUUCGGACAAGCCCACGACCACGCCAAGCUGAUCGUGCUGGAGAACGCCGGGCUGAAGGUCAUCAUCGAAGCGGCGAAAGCUCACACAGGCAAUAACAGCGUCCUCAGCGAGCUGUGUGGCACGCUGGCCCGGCUGGCUGUGCGAAACGAGUUCUGCCAGGACAUCGUUGACCUCGGAGGGUUGAAGUUCAUGGCCAACCUCCUCGCGGACAAUCUUGACCAUCAGGAACUUGUGAAGCAGGUUAUGAGCGCCAUCCGAGCUAUCGCAGGAAAUGAUGACGUCAAAGACGCCAUCGUUCAGGCAGGAGGGACCGACCUGAUCGUGUUAGCAAUGAACAGACACAUGGGCAACGCGCAGGUUUGUGAGCAGGGGUGUGCGGCCCUGUGCAUGCUCGCGCUGCGUAAACCGGAGAACUGCAAGGCGAUCAUGGAGAAUGGGGGCGCGCUGGCAGCACUGCACGCAAUGAAGGCCCACCCAGGGGAGGUCAAUGUGCAGAAGCAGGCGUGCAUGUUGCUGCGGAACCUGGUGUCUCGGACCAGUGACUACAGCCCGGCCAUCCUGGAGCUGGGUGCAGAGGCGCUGAUCAGCCAGGCCCUCGUGGCUCACAGGGACUGCGGGGACGUGGCCAAGGCAGCGCUGAGAGACCUGGGCUGCAAGGUGGAGCUGCAGGAGCUGUGGACAGGCAAGAAGGGCAGCCUGUCCCAAUGAGCCAGCCAGCCAGCCUGUCGCUUUACUGGGAAAUGCACAAAUAUAGUGGAAAAUGUUUGCUAUUCUCGCUCCUUGAGGCAGGUUCGUACUUUAGUAUUGCGACAGUCAUGCCUGUUGACCAGCUAGAGUUGAGCAAAGUAAUACUCAACUCUCUUGUAUCUCAGACAGUUGCACAACUAGAGAUCUGAAAGCCUUCCUCUGUGAUGGGUUAAAGUACGAGCCAGACUACUGUCCCAGCAUCUUGUGUGUGUUCUGCAUAUUGCAACGUUUCCCGGACUGUUUCAAUAUAUGUCAACAGAAUGAGAAAAUGAGGUGACGCUGCCUUGCAGCAAUACCUAGAUGUCGGGACGCGGCACAAGAGGAACAAUGCUAAUAUUGUGAAAGAAGAAACGCAGAGUCUGACAGGAGCGGAAGCGUUUUUAAUAGAUUUAAGAUUUGUUUUGUUUCUGUGCAAGUUCUGUUUUGGUUCCCAAGGCCGUAUUCCCAAAGCUUUUAACCUUUUAAGGUACAAGGGACAUGUGUGUCCCACAAAUAAAAAUGAUGCUAACUUUCUUAUUUUUGCAGUGAGAUGCACGAAGCGGGGUUUAAAAUAUACUGACAGGUUGGAUCUGCUCAUCCAAGUUGUCAGUUUCCUCCUCGUGAUACUUGAGUUGCUGUCAAAUGUAUUUUAAGAAGAAAUUGUUUGAACAGCUGCUCAAUUCUUUGUGUACCUAAGGGGGUUAUAGAAUUAUUUUUUUAUUCCCCCCCCCCCCCCCCCCCCCAUUUACUGUUUUUUUACUGA